AUGGCGUUCGCGGCCACGCCCCCGUACGACGGCACGCUGGCCAAGUUCUACCGUAUGCCCGAAGAUUUCUGCUACAAACUGCCGUCCAAUGUCAGUAUGCAAGAAGGAGCGAUGCUCGAACCCACGGCUGUGGCCGUACACUUCUGCCGUCUGGCCAAGGUGUCACCGGGCCAUAAAGUCGUGGUGUUUGGUGUCGGCCCCGUGGGUCUGUUGACCUGCAAAGUGGCUCGGUACGUGUUCGGAGCCACGACAGUCGUCGGCGUGGACGUCAAUGAGAAACGUCUCGCGGUGGCCAAGGAGCACGGCGCGACGCACGUGUAUCUUGGAAAGUCGGGUGUGACGCCUCAAGAAUCGGCCGAGCAGAUCAUUGCCGAGUGCGGACUGGGCGACGGUGCCGAUAUCGUGAUCGACGCGAGUGGAGCGGAGCCCUGCAUCCAGACAGCCGUCUACGUCGCACGCAACGGUGGCACGUUCACACAGGGAGGCAUGGGCAAGACCGACAUCAUGUUCCCUAUUGGCAUCAUGUGCGGCAAGGAGCUACACGUGACCGGCAGCUUCCGGUACUCUGCAGGCGACUACCAGCUUGCACUCGAGAUGGUUGCUAGUGGGCGGCUGAGCGUUAAGGAGCUGAUCUCGGAGACCGUGCCGUUCGAGGAAGCCAAGGAGGCUUUCGAGAAUGUCAAGCGUGGCAACGGCAUCAAGUGGCUUAUUGAAGGGCCUAGGAACUGA